CCUGGCCGGCAAACUGCGAAUACCCCGAAGCAUUUCUGAUCCCUCCGUCACCCAUUCUGAAGCCGGCAACCGUUUCUGAGCCCGUUUUCUAACCGCACUUUUUUUCCCUGUUCUCAGCUGAGCGCGGACGCUGAACGGCUGAUGACUCCCGAGUAUCGCAACAGUAAAAUCGGCCAAGUGAGGGAGUGCUGCCCCGAUUGCAGCGCCGACGAAUGUAUGACGGCCCUCCAACAAACCGGCUGGGACGUCGCUUUGGCCCUCAAAAGCCUCAAAAUCGCAGCCCUAUUAAAGUUAGGAUUGGCCGAUCGUACGGGCUGCGAGAUGGCGCUGCAGCGCAGCAACUGGAACCUCGAAUUGGCGGCGUCGGCCAUUUUGGACACGUGACAGCCCUGCAGGGCAUGCGCUGCUUGAACUGUGAUAUGGCUUGAGGAGUUUCAGUCUGUAUUAUGUUUUUUUUCGUUCGUUUUAAUCGUUUACUCACGUUGAAUUUACAAUGUUAGGUUAGGAAAUGUUCUAGUUGGUGGCGCCCUCUGGGCCCGCGUGUUCUUUUGGCUCUCUAAUUUAUUACGUUCUGGUAUUCGAAAAAUGAGUAUUUGCGGCGAAACUUGCCCAGUGAUUUUAGUCUAGAUUUUUUCAAAUAUACUAUUUGACCACCA